UGUGAUUAGGGAAUUUAGAAUUUAGAAAAUAGAAAGGGAGAAAGACAGAAAGUCGCUAACGGCGAUUUAAGGUUCUUUCAGCGAGAAGACCUUUGAAGGUUUUAGGGUUUGCAGUGCGUUCACUGGUGCGAUUUAGGGUUUGCUGUUGUAACUUCAAGGAAUCAAACUGAAGGUUUCAAGUUGAUCUCACAGCCAGUGGACUGUUUCCUCUGUUUUUGAAUGCCAACAUUGUGAAUUCAUUGAAUCACUGAAUCAGUGAGUUGUGAAUUCAUUGAAGAAUUGUGCACGAAGAGGGGCAGAGGGUUGUCAGGCGUCAUAAGUUUAUUUAGCGAUUAUUAAACCGAAACCGUACCGAACCAAAAUAUAAAAUACCGAACCAUACUGAAAUAAUUUGGUACGGUAUUUGGUAUACACAAUUGAUAAAUCGAAUACUGAACCGAAAUUCUUAAAUACCAAACCGAAAUACCGAAUGCCCACCCCUACGUGCCAGUCAGUGAUGCCCUUUCAUCGAAUGCCACGCCCCAGGUACUCACCUACCCUAAAAGCUCCAGCACGUUAAGCUCUUUCUUUCACACUCGCCGGUGGACCAGUCUUUUCGCACUCUCCGUUCCUAUAUAAGAUGACAGAGUGUGCAGUGCGGUUAGCCUCUUCGUCUCGCGCUCUAUCUGCUAACUUGCGCAUCUCACCUACCCGAUUCUCUCCUCUCCGCCGAUCUCUGCCGUUGACCUCUGCAUCUAUUAUUGGCAAGUCACUUUUUUGCUCGCGCUCACAUAGGAGAAUCUCAGUAUUGAGUACAAACUCAUCGAAAUCUCAGUUUACAACUAAAUCAUCAAUGGCUGAGACUUUGACAGGGAAAAGUAAAGGGCAAGUAGAAGUGUUUGAUUCUGAAGAGGAACUUGCCGUGUCUCUAGCGAAGUACACAGCUGAUUUAUCGGAGAAGUUUUGCAAAGAGAGAGGUUCUUUUUCUGUUGUUGUUUCCGGCGGUUCACUUAUCAAGUCUCUUAGGAAAUUGGUGGAGCCACCAUAUAUUGAUUCAAUAGAUUGGUCGAAGUGGCACGUUUUCUGGGUGGAUGAGAGAGUGGUCCCAAAAGAUCAUCCUGAUAGCAAUUAUUUGCUUGCUUAUGGUGCUUUUCUAUCCAAGAUACCUAUUCCUAGUGGCAAUGUGUAUGCCAUAAACGAUGCAUUAUCAGCAGAGGGUGCGGCAGAUGAUUAUGAGACUUGUCUAAGACACUUGGUUAAGACCAAGAUUGUAGACAUUUCCGAGGCUACUGGAUUUCCCAAAUUUGAUGUGAUGCUAUUGGGUAUGGGUCCCGAUGGGCAUGUAGCUUCCUUAUUUCCCGGGCAUCCUCUUGUCCAUGAGAAAAAGAAGUGGGUCACCUUCACCAAGGAAUCUCCAAAACCUCCACCGGAAAGGAUUACAUUUACAUUUCCUGUAAUAAACUCAUCGGCAAAUAUCGCUCUUGUUGUAGCAGGUGCUGGGAAGGCAGAUGUAGUGCAUAAAUCUCUAGGUGAUAGUAAAAGUUCCGAUUUGCUUCCUGUGCAGAUGGUUGCACCUGAAGGAGAAUUGGUCUGGUUUUUAGACAAGGCUGCCGCUUCAAAGCUGUAAGGAUGAAGAUAUUUGAGUUGUGAAUUAGUGCUUCACUGCUGUGUGUGUAUUUUGUAAUUUCAAUGCAUUAUCGAGAAGGGAUAUUUUUCCCAGUAUUGCCAGUGAAAUGUUGAGGUUUCAUAUGCCAUUAUCCAAUUUUUGGCAGUUUCUCCUCACUUGUUUCUGUGAUGAUGCUUGGCUCUCACUAACUCGCUAAUAAAAGUGCAGUUUGUGGUGUUAA